AUGACGGCUACUCAUUUUCCCAGACAAAGCCUGGACAAUCCAGACGUGGAAAAGACCACUGAAACAGCAGAUACAGAAACCGCAACCAAGGAGACGGAGUCUACUGAGACUGCAACCGAAAAUGCCGAAUACCCAAGUGCCUUCAGCUUGGCGUUGAUUACAAUGGCUGUGAUGUUUAGCGUUUUCUUGAGUGCUCUUGACCAGACCAUCGUCGGUACCGCAAUUCCCAAAAUCACAGAUGAAUUUCAUAAUCUUAGUCAAGUAUCAUGGUUCGGAAGUGCCUACUUCAUGACAUUCGGCGGCUUUCAAACCUCCUGGGGCAAAAUAUACACCUACUACAAUCUCAAAAUCGCAUUCUUGAUCUCCGUCUUCGUCUUUGAAGUAGGCAGUCUAGUGUGUGGAGUCACUCCCAACACGAUCGGUUUCAUAUUCGGUCGUGCCAUUGCUGGUCUCGGUGGUGCUGGCAUGUCGACAGGCGCCUUUACUAUCAUCGCCUUCUCAGUCGAGCCGCGACGCAGACCGGCAUUCAUCGGCAUUACGGGAGCCACUUACGGAUUCGCUGCGGUCGUCGGGCCCCUGCUUGGUGGCGCAUUCGCCGAUAAAGUCAGUUGGCGUUGGUGUUUUUAUAUCAAUCUGCCUCUUGGUGGGGCUGUUGCACUUAUCAUUCUCCUCUUUUUCCACACUCCAAGCCAGGCGAAACCAGUUUCGGCUACAUGGAGAGAAAGGUUGCUUCAGAUGGAUCCCGUGGGCGUGAUACUUUGCAUGGCCUCCAUCAUCACUUUCAUCAUGGCCUUUGAGUAUGGCGGACAAACCAAGCCAUGGAAUAGCAGCGUGGUCAUCGGCCUAAUCGUCGGGUUUGUCUUGAUCACUGCUGCGUUCAUUGCCUGGGAAUACUUCCAACAGGAACGUGCUAUGAUUGUUCCACGCUUAUUCAAGAAACGAUCCAUUUGGGCCGGCUCUCUGUACCAAUUCUUCUUCGCCGGAGCAUACUUCCUUAUCCUCUACUAUCUCCCCAUCUACUUUCAAAGUAUUCAGAACGUGGACGCCAUCGAGUCCGGUGUACGGAAUCUGCCUAUUGUCAUUACAAUUAGCUUCGGAGUAGCAUUGGGAGGCUUCCUCGUCGGCAAAACAGGCUGGACGGUACCUUUCAUGGCGGCUGGAGCGGCAAUUAGUGCUAUAGCAUUUGGACUUUUUCGACUUCUUGACUUUGAUACCAGCACGGGUAAAUGGAUUGGGUAUCAGAUACUGGCCGGCGUUGGUGUCUCUGUUCCCUUUCAGAUUACAAUAAAUAUCGCCCAGGCUAAUGCCAAAACUGCCGAUAUAUCGAAAGUUACUGCUAUGUUGUUCUUCUUCCAGAUCAUCGGAGGAGCCUUCUCACUUGCAGCUGCACAGGCAGCGUUCCUCAACACAGUCAUCAAAACCGCGUCGAGCGUCGACCCUAGCCAGCUCAUAGCCUCAGGUGCGACACAGCUCCGACUCAUUUUCACCGCCGAUCAGCUUCCUAUUGUGCUUGAUGGCUACCUAGCCGGUGUCAGAGCGGCAUUUAAUAUUUCCAUCGCGAUGAUGGGUGUUUCGUUCUUGGCUAGUUUCUUGAGCUCGUUUAAGAAUUUGCAUGAGCAGAAGGCGGAGGACGAUGAUGGGUCGAAGAGGGAUGUUGUUGUUGGUAUGGCUUAA